AUGGCGUCGCCACCCCUCACACCGCUACGGCGCUCUUUUUCACACAACAGUAAUUCCUCGUCAAACCAUCGCCUGUCGACAGCAUCGCGCUUCUCCAAUGGCAGCCAAGACUUCGCUUCACACCUGGACGCCUCAGCCGGAGCAUCGGGCAUGGGAAACCUUGCAGACGAACUCGACUUUGCCGAUUCGGAUGACGAAGACUGGGACUAUGACGCUGAAGCCGAGCCAGAUGCCGUGCAGGAGGCUGGCAUAGAGCAUGGGAUGGACGACGGAAAGCAAGAUGACGAAGGUCCGAGAGACAGUGGAAUUCAUGUUGAACAGAAGAAUAACACUCCGCUACCACAUCGCAACUCCUCUCGGCCAGCCACGCGUGAUGCCGAGUCGGAUUCCACCAACAUCUUCUCGCACGAACUGGAGGAUGCUCUGGCUCAAAUCUCGCGCCUCGCCAAUCCUGCCUCGCAUCAGAACCCCGACACCAUCUCCCGUACCCUCGUUGCCUUGCAGAACCUACCUCCUCAGCAAUCUCUCGAAGCCCACACCCAGCGCCUUACCACGUCCACUAAUAGUCUGUCAUCACACAUAAUACAACAAACGAAACACUUCGCUUCGCUAUCUGCUUCUCUAUUCGCUCCUUUUGGUUUCGGUGCGCCUCUCGAUUUUCAGAUCAUUGAUGACGAAGUGCUUCCUGCCAUCAGUCAGGUCGUACAAAACCUGCCAGCUCCUGAUUCGCGCGCCCUGCACACUCUUUCACGUCUCGAUCGCGAAACCACCGAUCUGAUACAAACACUCGCUGCCCUAUCCGAUUCGUUGCAAAUGGGCCGUCAGACUACCGCUAGCGCUGCACGACACUUGAAGAAUACUCAGCAGAUGGUUUCUGAGAUGCGUCGGGAGAGCGAUCUAGCAGAUCAGGCACAAUGGCUCAUCGAAAAGGAGGAUUGGGACCGUCGUCUUGCUGAGAGGUAUUGUGCCAAUGAAUGCCGCGACGUUGUUGGUGGCUUCGAGCAAGUCUUUGAAGGGUUGAGAAGAGGUUUGGAAGAGAAGAUUGCGGCUUGA